AGAAUGAGAGUUGCCGUAGUAUCGCGCUCCAGCCAAUGAGAUUUUGGUCCGGAAGGGAAACUUCCGGGUAACUCAUGUGGUUGCAAGCAUGGCUCCGGGUGGGAAGAUAAACAGACCCAAAACAGACUUGGGAAGGAAAUUGUUUAAGAGACGAAGGGUCCUGGGAAGGCAGAAAAGACAGAAGCAUAUGAUCACCGGAGCAGUAGUGGACAAAGGGCUUAUUACUAGACAUCAUCUCAAAAAGAGAAGCUCCAGCGCUCGAGCCAAUAUUACUCUGUCUGGCAAGAAGAAACACAAGCUACUGAAGCAGCUUGCUCAUAUGGAUAAGGAGAAAUCCGGCAUGGAUGUGGAGUUUGUACAACGCAAGAAGGCCCCAACUCCGCCCAGUGCCCCUUCCUCCACUAAGUCGAAGAAAGCAACACAGAAAAAAGCUGCUGGAUCAAAGGAUGUGGAGAAGAUGGAUAUGGAAUGAUGGGAUUCUCUGAUGACUUGAGCUAAAAGCCACACAGUGGGAUCGGCUAGUCAGUGGCAUGACUGGAGUUCAUUGUGUUGAAAUUGACUUUCAAAUGUUGGCGAAUGUCUUGUGAGGUUAAUGGAUGGACUGUAAACACCGGCCAGAGUGCACUGUGAAUGUGUUUUUGGUGUGACAAAAUAGAUUAAUUUUGCUGAAAUUAAGAAGUAUCAUUUUAACAACUUGGAUACAAAUGUAUAGCGUUUUGUAAGGUUCCAAAUACUUGCCCAGGUUUCACUUGGAUUUGCAGACUUGUAAUGAAACAAUUUAUGUUAAAACUGUCGAUUAUGGUGUCAUGUAGAAACAUCAUAUGUUAAUCAAAUGGUUUUGUUCUUUUGUUAAUGGAAAUGUUAAUUAAAUGGUAAAUAUGUUUCUGACCUGUCUAAAUAGAUUAUCGAUUACAUGUGUAUCAAUAAACGAGCCAUAAACGCCGUUGUAGAAGCCUCCCAGUUGACAAUGGAUGAUCAUUUCGCCAGUUUAAUCUGGGCGACUUUGUUUCCCGAUGGCAACAUAGUUCAUUCAUAUUAUAUUCAAUAAUCCCCCUGUACAUCCUUUGCGUAUGUUAUAUUGUAUAGCACAGGCUUGGGAUUGGCCUCUUUAUUUCCUAGCGUGGUUUUAAUAAAGAGAAGUCGGAAGAUGUUUAA